UGGUUGCUGUAGUGAUAAUAGGCAUGGUUGCUGCUGUGGUAUUAAUAGGCAUAGUAGCUGCAUUAGAAAUAAUAGGCAUGGUAGCUGUAGCAGUAGUAGCUGCUGUAGUUGUCAUUGCUCUAGUAGUGGUUGGUGAAGUAGUAAUAAUAG